GUUAUUCUGGUGAAGCAGCCGGCACUUCCCUUAUCUGGUGAAGCAGCCCGCACUUCCCUUAGACGAUGAAGCUUAUCACCACCAGAAAACCCCCUUUCACCAUCCGCUGUCAAACUCCCGGGGGAUUGGACCAAAAAUUCUGGUGACUGUUUAGGGAGGAUAGAUGGAUGUGGCCCAAUGGCUAAAGCUCCGCGGAGGAAAAAGGCUUUCCACGACAUGCUAAAUGAGCAUAUCUAACCCGUUUGCACCAAAAUCGAUGCAUUAAACCCCUUAAAUCUUGUGUGUCAUAAUCAAAACUUAGCAUCUUUUAAAUACCCAGGGAGUCCUCCUUACUUGCAAAACCCAGACUGACGCCCCCUAAACCCUCAUCCCCUCCGGCGACUGCUACAUACUUCUUUCUCAAACUAAUGGGUUCCCCACGCUUCGUUUUCGAAGUUCCUUGCGAUGAAGACGUUCAAAGCGAAGGAAAAAACGACAACGUUGAUGGGGUCUCUUUCCAUGCCGACUCGUUCAUCGAUCUGAAUCUAUCCAGGCCAUUGAUUCAAGCUUGUGAAGCAUUGGGUUAUACCAAACCCACCCCAAUUCAGGCUGCUUUCAUUCCAUUGGCAUUAACUGGGCGUGAUAUAUGUGGGAUUAGCGGUAUUACCGGAUCUGGGAAGACAGCUGCCUUUUCAUUACCAACUCUGGAGAGAAUCCUGAACCGCCCUAAAAACAGGCCUGCUAUUAGAGCACUUAUUCUUACCCCAACUCGGGAUUUGGCUGCUCAUGUCCAUAGUAUGGUUAAAAAUCUUGCACAAUUUAUGACUGAUAUCAGAUGCUGUUUGGUUCUUGGUGGGUUUCCAGAAAAGGACCAAGUUUCUGCUUUGCAAUCAAUCCCUGAUAUUGUUGUUGCAACUCCAGGGUGCAUGAUAGAUCAUAUUCGCAAUUCUGUGUCCAUUUAUCUGGAUGAUCUUGAUGUUCUUAUUCUUGAUGAGGCAGACCGCCUUCUGGAACUUGGAUUCAGUAAAGAAAUUGGGGAACUGGUUCGACUCUGCCCUAAGAGUAGGCACACAAUGUUAUUCUCUGGUACCAUGACUGAAAAGGUUAAUGAGCUUGUGAAUCUUUCUUUGAAUAACCCUGUGCGCCUAUCUGCUGAUUUAUCUGCAAAACGGCCUUCACCAUUGACAGAAGAGGUGGUUAGGAUACGACGAAUGCAGGAAUUGAACCAGGAAGCCAUGCUUCUUGCCUUGUGCUCCAAAACAUUCACAUCUAAAGUGAUUGUUUUCAGUGGAACAAAACAGGCUGCCCAUAGGUUAAAGAUUUUAUUUUGUUUAGCUGGUUUCAAAGCUACUGAGCUACACGGAGACCGUACCGAAGUUCAGCGAUUGGAUGCAUUGGAGCUUUUCAGGAAGCAUAAGGUGGAUUAUUUGAUGACAACAAAGCUUGGGGCUCGUGGACUUGACAUUAUUGGUGUUCAAACUGUUAUCAAUUAUGCAUGCCCUCAGGAUCUCAAGAGUUAUAUACAUCAAGUGGGGCAUACAGCUAAAGAUGGUAGAGAAGGUUAUGCUGUUACAUUUGUGAUUGAUAAAGAUCGCUCACUUCUGAACACCAUCGCUAAACGUGCUGGUUCGAGGCUGAAGAAUCGAAUUGUUUCUGAGAAAUCAAUAAUUAGAUGGGCUAAGAUUAUAGAGCAAAUGGAAGAGCAAGUUGCAGAAAUACUUGAGGAAGAGAGGGAAGAAAUGGCUAUGAGGAAAGCAGAAAUGGAAUCUUUCUUAGGUUUGGCCUUGUGAGAUUUCUUAGGUGGAUACCAAGAAUGAUGAUGACAAUGAGAAUGAGGGCUUCAUUGACCUUUGAGUUUCUUUGCUUGGAAUCUUUGAAAAUAAAAGACUUCUGAACAUUUGUUGCUGCUAGUUUUGUAGUUUUGUUGCUUUGAUGAAUACUGCGCAAUUUAUCAUCAAUCCAUCAAGGAUCACAUAACCAAGUGGGAGAAUAUUAGAAUAUAUUUAGUAAACAAUUGAUAUUAUAAUACUUGAUCAUAUGAUUGGGAUUAUAUAUCAUUAAUAGAGGUUAUAUGUUCCUAAACUUUUAAUUGAUUUAAUGAUAGACAGAACUUGUGUUUAAGUUUAUUCACAACUAGGAUUCUCCAACUCUCUCCUCUUCUUCUGCAUAUGCAUAUUCGCUAUGGGAAUAUCAACACAAUAUAAUUGUGA